GGGGGGGGAAUGUCUUCGGGAUGCAGUUGUGGUUCUGGCUGCAAAUGCGGCGACAACUGCUCUUCCAGAUGCAGCAGGAACCUUAACCUAGGAUACUCCGGGAAGACAACCAAUGCUGAGACCAUCAUCUCGGGAGUUGCUCCGAUGAAGAUGAACUUCGAGGGAUCAGAAAUGAGCACUGAAUCAGGACAUGAAUGCAAGUGCGGGUCAAGCUGCACCUGUGAUCCAUGCAACUGUUAGCCGACGAUGAAGCCACAGAUAAUAGCAGCAGAUAAUAA